AUGCCUACCUACGCCGGGUUCCAACUUGCACUUGAGCUUUCAAAUGUCCUCCCUAUAAAGGAUCUUGCUGCUUCCGCAUUCACAACGCUACUCAACAUGGCACGCGACCUUCGCAAUUCAGGUUCUGAUAUUGUUGUUGAGGCUGAUCUGGCAAGCAUUUUUGGCAGGGGUCAAGUUUCCCUUGAACUGGAGAAAGCAUUCAAAGCCAAAGUUCACAUCACCAAGAUCACCCCACUAUGCGAGGGCUCAGAAAUCGAGCUCCGCACCGGCCCUGGCCCAACCGUAACUCGGGCAUUUCAGGAUGUACAAUAUUUCGCAACCAUAGUCACUCUCUCCGCCCUAUGCUAUUUUAGUUCGAGAGAAGAUCUUGCCAGAAUGAUCGCCAGUGCGAUGGUCAAGCGAUGCGAGGCCAACAUACCAGGGGCCACCAACCCUCCUGGGUACGAAGGUCUUGAAAACACAUUGGCAGCUUGCAGUACGCAAUGUGGCGAAUUCCACUGGGCGCCAUACUGUGCGGAAAUCGAGCGACGGCUUCGAAUUUCAAUGCCAGACUACUUUUGGAGUGCGGAUUACACUCGUCUUACGCCCGCGGCUCUUCUGGGGGCAAUGGAUUUCUUCUAUAUCGUCAAAAGCCUGCCAGCGGACAGAAUAGUCACAAUCUCAUUCCAGACAGGAUUUAUCCCUCUCACAAUUUGGGCCCACUACAUCUUGGGCCUCAAUGUUGUGAUCACUGAUCUUCCUUGUCGGGAUGUUGUCUUCGGCAAUGCCAAAGAGCCUCAUGUUGUCAUUCACUGGCGCCGAAUUGAUGCCUCUGAUAGUGGAGGCCCGUGCUGGAAUUUGGAGACGGAUGACGAUGGCCCCGAAAUUUGCCUUCAUGACGCAGACAUGCAAAUUAUUUUCACGUCUAAACCGGAAGAUCACGACUCAAAUGGCAUCUACUCGAGGGAAAGACACCCUUUGUCGGGAUACGGCACGGAAAUACUCCGACGCAGCCUGAAUAUUGAUACCAUCACUAGAGACAAUGACGAUAUAUACGAGGAGACGGUAGGCUUAGUAGCUGGAUUCGCAGUCGUCGCUUCGCAGAGAAUGGCCCGAGAACUGACGUGCCCUUCAUGGGAAGAGGGACAGGAGGCGACCGAGAAUACUGGGCCAAAAAUCCGAUUGGAGAUGUGGAGGAUCAUGAACUCUGUUAAAUUGAUCUUCGAUGGUAUCACAAUCAAUACGAAACUUUGUGAGGAAUAUGCGCAGUUUUUGUCAGAGCACCCUCUGUCUGAAUCCACGCUACCUACAACUUUCAAUUCCUUCUUUGCAAGAGUCCCGUGGCACGGCCGGCUCUACUCUGCAGAAGAACAAAUGAUACGACUGAUCGAACUUCUCACAAAAUAUGUCCUGAUUUUCGCUCACGUCUUUGAGCUUGAUCACUGUGGUGAUAUGCCAAUAGCCUUCAGCACUGACAUCUCCGCCUUCUCAACUGUCUUUCGGGAAAUCCGGGAGGGAAAGGAUGGGCUAGGGCUAGUUGAACGGUCUGAGGCGUUCAACGGUAUCGUGAGUGUACUGGAGUCUGCCGAACUCCAAGAUGUGAGUCGCAAUCGGUACGCCGGCCGCCUAUCUCUUCAGAGCGAUUUCGGGUGGUCUGUGCAUCUGGACACAUAUGGUGACCGUGAUCCGGCUGUCGUUCGGCCUGAGCUCGUCCACAUUCGCAAGGGUACGCCCACAAAUUCAAGAACAGGGGAGCGGAAAUUGCGAAUAAGAGAUGGAAGUGGCAUUGGCAGGGGUGCGAAAUCCUGCGUCUGCCCUGUUGAGAGAGGCCCAACGUACACUCCUCGCACAUUCGUGAACUACACUUCUCGGAAAGAUUUCUAUAAAUCUCUUGCGUACGAGUUCCAGAUCACUCUUGUUGUUACAUUCCAGACAGUUCCCGAGUAUCAGAAUUGUGGAGGUUCCCAAUCUUUCCAGGAAUAUUUCCGCUACAGUCAGAUGCAUGAAAAUUUGUGGAAUACCUAUCUGACUCCAGAAUGCGGUCACAGGCACAAGGAUGAAGCGGAACAGACAAAAAUCAAACUCGGUCCGGAUGCAGCGGCAGUUCUGGGUUUCUCCGAGAGCCACACACUCGAAGAAACCCUGCCGGAGAGAAUUGUUAUUCUAUUGACAAAAGGUAACCCUUAUGGACGAUGGAAUGCAAUCUGGUACUCGUGCGGCGACGCGAGUCACACGGGACGGAAGAUAAUGCUACGCUGGAAUAAAUGCUGCGAGUCCUGCGCUCUUGACCACGUGGCUUCACAGAAGGGAAAAUGGUACCUUAUUUUGUAG